UGUGAGAGCGGUCUCCUUUUUAUCUUCCGGGUCACGCUGCUCUGAUAUUUUGAAUCGGAUUUACACGCAGGUUAAACAUCUACAUUUGAGUAAAGUUAGACAUGACAUACGCAGUUACUUUCAUUAUCGUAAAUAUGCUUUAAAUCAGAAAGAUUCUCGCGGUUAAGUAUCAGCGAUAAAGAUGAGUGGAGGUUUGGCGCCCAGCAAAAGCACUGUUUAUGUGUCUAACAUCCCAUUCUCCUUGACAAACAACGAUUUGCACAAGUUAUGCUCGAAAUAUGGCAAGGUUGUGAAGGUGACUGUUGUCAAAGAUAAGCAGACACGGAUGAGUAAGGGAGUGGCGUUUGUGCUGUUCCUUGACAGAGAGUCUGCUCAUAAUUGUUCCCGCUCACUAAACAACAAACAGUUGUUUGGGAGAACGGUGAAGGCCAGCAUCGCCAUUGACAAUGGGAGAGCUACAGAAUUCAUCAGAAAGAGAAACUACACAGACAAAUCCAAGUGUUAUGAAUGUGGGGAAGAAGGGCACUUGAGUUAUGCCUGUCCCAAAAAUUUACUUGGAGAGAGAGAACCCCCACCUAAAAAAGAAAAGAAAAAGAAGAAAAAGGUCCAGCAGCCAGAGGAGGUAGAACCAGAGGACAGUGAGGAAGAAGGAGAGGAUCCAGCAUUGGACAGUUUAAGUCAGGCAAUUGCUUUCCAGCAAGCACGCAUUGAGGAGGAGGAGAAGAGAAGGAAGCAGGUCACAGAGAAUGCGUCUCAAGCAUCUACAUCAGAGGACACCCACAAACCCAGGAUCAAAAAGAGCACCUACUUCAGUGAUGAGGAGGAGCUCAGUGACUGACUCAUUCUUUUAUGUGCUCAAAACAGACUGCCUUUUCUCAACUGCUUUUAAGGUCACAUAUUGAUCUAAAUUUAUAAUUUUGUCAAACUAUAUGAAAGGCAGAGAAAACUUCUGCUUACCUUGAUCUGAGAUGUUGGUUGUCAUUUUAUGCUCCUUAUUCAGAUAAGUACACCUCCAAAUAUUUGUUAAAUAGUAUUGUGACUUAAAGAUCCUGCAAAAAAACUUCUGUAAAAAUGUUGUUGUUUCUUUUAAUCUUGUAAAUAUAGUUUAAUUUUGCAUAUUUCACAUUUACAUUCUUGUUUUUGUUCCAAGAAGCAUGGAAAAUAAACCAUUUUAAAAUAA